AUGGCGCUCAAUUUGUUGAACUGUAGAAUCCAAAGCCGCCCCCCGCCGCCCCUUCCGCCGCACCACGGUAGCUUUCAUCACCAUCCUCAUCAUCUCGCCACCGUUCUUUCUUCCACUUUCAAGCCAGUGUUGAGAGACUUGCAGCAACUGAACAUCAUCCCCCAGAAAAUUGAUCAUGAUCAGAUCAAGAAGGCUCCUGGAAAGCUGUUGGAUGCUUUUGUUGAUUCUGUCUUCCAAUUUCUUGAUCAACCCUUGCUCCCAUCUCAGAGUAACUUUGCGCCGGUGGAUGAACUGAAGGAAGCCGUUCGAGUGACGGCCGUAGAGGGUACGAUUCCGGAUGAUUUCUCAGAGGGAGUUUAUAUAAGAAAUGGACCUAAUCCUAUGUUUGGAGGAUUGAAAUCAACGAGAUCAAUGUUGGGAAGGACAAGCCACAUAUGGGUAGAAGGAGAAGGGAUGCUCCACGUCCUCUACUUCCAGAAGCGCAGUAGUGAUGGCGAAUGGAGUGUCUUCUACAACAACCGGCACGUGGAGACUGAGACCUACAAGAUGGAGAAAGACAGGGCCAAGCCUUCCUUUCUUCCUGCCAUUGAAGGCCAUUCCUCUGCCAUCUUAGCAGCCUACUUGUUCAAUUUGAUGAGAUUUGGGAAGGUGAACAAGUACAUCAGCAACACAAACGUCGUGGAGCACGGUGGCAAGUUCUACGCUGUAGCUGAGAAUCAUGCUGCACAAGAAUUCGACAUUGUCACGCUCGAUACCAUUGGCGAUUGGGACGUCAAUGGAACCUGGAAUCGACCUUUCACCGCCCACCCUAAGAGAGUUCCCGGGACUGGCGAGCUGGUCAUAUUCGGAGUGCAGGCUUCAAAACCGUUUGUAGAACUGGGUGUCAUUUCUGCUGACGGGGAGAGAUUACUCCAUAAAGUGGAUCUCAAUCUCAGCAGAUGCACCCUCUGUCACGAUGUUGGUAUCACUGAGAGGUACAAUGUGUUCAUGGACUUUCCACUCACCAUAGACGUUAACAGGCUGAUCAGGGGAGGGCCGUUAAUCAAGUACACCAAAGAAGAUUACGCAAGGAUCGGGGUGAUGCCUCGAUACGGCAAUACAGACUCGAUUCGAUGGUUCGACGUGACACCCAAUUGUACAUUUCAUAUUGUGAAUUGUUUCGAGGAUGGAAACGAGGUGGUGGUGAGGGGAUGCAGGGCUCUUGAUUCAAUCAUUCCAGGACCAGAAUUGGGAGAAAACAAGUUCGAUUGGUUUUCAAGAAGGUUUAGGCGUGAAGCUGAUAAUGAGGGAAGUGGUACUUGUUCUUCUUCUUCUUCUGAAGACGGAUCGUUGUUUACCCGCUGCUACGAGUGGAGACUGAACCUGGAAACAGGGGAAGUGAAGGAAAGAAACCUAACUGGAAAAACAGAGGCCUCCAUGGACUUCCCUAUGAUCCACCCUGACUUCACCGGUCUCCCUAACCGAUUUGGGUAUACACAAACCAUCGAUUCUGAAGCAAGCUCAUCUUCAGGGAUGACAAAAUAUGGAGGUCUGGCCAAACUGUACUUUGAAGAACCUGCUGCAACAAAUUGCGAUCUGAGGGACGACGACCAGGGCAAAGAAGCGAUGAUCAAGGUGGAGUAUCAUGAAUUCGAGAAGAACACGUUCUGCACUGGAGCUGCUUUUGUUCCUAAAAUGGCCACAGCAGGGAGCUCAAGUAGUUGUGGUGAAGAAGAUGAUGGUUGGGUCAUCACUUUUGUUCACAAUGAAGACACUGACACUUCCAUGGUGUACAUAAUCGACGCAAAGAAGUUGAGCAGCGAGCCAGUUGCCAAGAUUGCAUUGCCUUGCAGAGUUCCAUAUGGUUUUCAUGGAGCCUUCAUGCCUAUGUCACUCCCACUUAUGUGA